GUAUCUUGUCAACAUGGCGCCGGCGGCCAGGAGGUUGCUCAAGAGUUUUAGUUGAAGGAACGGACAGGCCGACGAGGAAUUUUUCAUUCACCUCGGAGUGAAGGGCUGAGUGGCCGCACUGAGUACUUUCAGUCAGCCAGCCAGAGGCUGAGGCUGAGGGGGAGAGGGAGAGGGGUAAGAGAGGCUUGUAACAGGACAGUCUCUAUGGGAGAGCGGGAUUGAAGUGACAGGCUCUGUCUGCCAGGAUGGACGUGGAGGAAGAGCACAUGACGACGCUGCUGUGCAUGGGCUUCUCGGAGCCCGCCGCCAUUCGCAAGGCGCUCCGCAUGGCCAAGAACGACAUCAACGAGGCCGUGGCCCUCCUUACCAACGAGAGCCCUGGUCUCGGCUACGAGCCCAUGGAGAGUGGCGAUCGCCAGGUCGGAGGAGGAGGAGGAGGAGGAGGAGGCGGCGGUGGUGGCGGCGGCGGCGGCGGCGGCGGCACUGGGUCCCGCGGUGUGGGUGGAGGGGAUUACAGCCGGAGUGGAUUCGACCCUCCACCCGCGUACGACGAGGUGGUGGAGGUGGAGAGGAGCAAUGAUGAGAAUGGAAACUGCUCAGGAAGCAUUGAAUUUCCCACCACAAAUCUUUAUGAAUUGGAAAGUCGUGUGUUUACAGAUCACUGGUCCAUCCCUUAUAAACGUGAAGAAUCACUGGGCAAGUGCCUGAUAGCAUCCACAUACCUAGCACGGCUAGGUCUUGCGGAUGCUGAUGAAAAUUGCAAACGCUUUACGGAUCGAUGUAUGCCAGAAGCAUUUAAAAAGUUGUUAACAUCAAGUGCUGUCCAUAAAUGGGGUGCUGAAAUCCAUGAGGGAAUCUACAACAUGGUGAUGCUUCUAGUUGAUCUGGUUGCAGAGCGAGUCAAACAGGACCCAAUUCCCAUUGGCCUUAUGGGAGUACUCACCAUGGCUUUCAAUCCAGGAAAUGAGUACCAUUUCAAGAACCGAAUGAAAGUGUGCCAAAGGAAUUGGGCAGAUGUUUUUGGGGAUGGCAAAACGUAUGCCAUCUCUCCACCAGUCAAUCUACAGAAGGAACCUUAUGGAUGGCUCAUAGAUCUGGUUAAUCGGUUUGGAGAGAUGGGUGGGUUUUCAGCCAUCCAGCUGAAGCUUGGUGCAGAAGAUAUAGAAACCGCGGCUGUGUCUGCACUGGUACAGCCUCUAGGAGCAUGUGCUGAAUAUCUAAAUCCUGCUGUAGUACAGCCCAUGCUGGAUCCAGUCAUUGACAAGAUGAUUCGAUAUGUGCAAAGUUUAGAAGAAAAAGAUCUGAAAGACAAGAAACUGGUGAACAUUCCAGAACUUCUAUCUGCCAUCAAAUUAUUAUGCAUGCGAUUUCAGCCAGAGUUGGUAAUGGUGGUAGACGAUCUCCGUUUGGAUAUCCUCCUGCGUAUGUUGAAAACUCCCCACUUCAGUGCAAAAAUGAAUUCAUUGAAAGAGGUUACUAAGCUGAUUGAAGACAGUACCUUAUCAAAAUCUGUGAAAAAUGCAAUUGAUACAGACCGGUUAUUGGACUGGCUCGUAGAAAAUUCAGUAUUGUCAAUAGCACUUGAAGGAAACAUUGAUCAAGCACAGUAUUGUGAUAGAAUAAAGGGAAUUAUUGAGCUGCUGGGCAGUAAACUCUCCAUGGAUGAACUUACCAAGAUUUGGCGCAUUCAGUCAGGGCAGUCCUCAACCGUCAUUGAAAAUAUUCACACUAUUAUUGCUGCUGCUGCUGCAAAGUUCAACUAUGAUCAACUGAACCAUCUCUUCAUCCUGAUACAGAAGAGUUGGGAGAUUGAGAGUGACCGAAUCCGACAAAAACUGCUCAGUCUUAUCGGAAAAAUUGGCCGAGAAGCACGUUCUGAGAACACCACAGGAAAGGUGCUGGAGGUGCUUUGGGAGCUUGCCCAUUUGCCAGCACUACCCACAAAUUUAGUCCAGCAGGCACUGGAAGAGCAUCUCACCAUACUUAGUGAAGCUUAUGCAGUAAAGGAGCAAAUCAAGCGAAGUUAUAUCAUUAAAUGUAUCGAGGAUAUUAAGAAGUCCUCUCAGCAAAAUAACCAACAUCCAGUAUGGGUGGUUCCAGCUUUACGUCAGCUUCAUGAGAUUACCAGGUCCUUCAUUAAACAAAGCUGUCAGAAACAAGACAAGAGCAUUGUCCAGGAUUUGAAGAAGAACUUUGAAAUAGUGAAACUGGUUACAAGUAGCCUUGUGGCAUGUCAUCGACUGGCUGUUUCUGCAGCUGGUGCAGGAGGACUAACGGGGUCAACAGUUGUUGAUGGCAGAUACACACAUCAAGAUUACCUAGAGGCACAUUUGAGGUUUCUUGCAUUUUUUCUUCAAGAAGCCAGCCUUUACUUAGGCUGGAACCGUGCCAAAGAGAUUUGGGAGUGCCUAGUAACUGGAUUAGAUAUUUGUGAACUGGAUCGAGAGAUGUGUUUUGAAUGGUUUACCAAAGGACAUGGAGACUUGGAGAGUGAUAUACAGCAACAGCUCUUUAAAGAGAAAAUCCUCAAACUGGAACCCUACGAGAUCACCAUGAAUGGGUUUAAUCUCUUCAAAACUUUUUUUGAGAUUGUAAAUCUUUCUGAUCAUCGAUUAAAGAAACAAGGUGCUCAGCUGCAUGUUGAAAAACUGGAACUAGCAGGAAUGGACUUCAUCUGGAGAAUUGCCAUGGAGUCACCAGAUGAAGAAAUUGCACACGAAGCAAUCCAUCUGAUCAUUAAUUAUAGCUACAUCAGCCUUAAUCCUCGUUUAAAAAAGGACUCUGUUUCCCUUCAUAAGAAAUUCAUAGCAGAUUGCUACAAACGUUUAGAAGUUGCUAGUUCAGCACUAGGUGGCCCUACUUUGACACAUGCUGUUACAAGGGCUACUAAAAUGCUGACAGCUACAGCCAUGCCUACUGUAGCGACAUCAGUGCAGUCUCCAUCCAGGUCCAGUAAACUUAUCAUAAUUGAACGGCUGCUGUUGCUUGCAGAAAGAUAUGUGAUCACAAUAGAGGAUCUGUAUUCUGUUCCUCGGACAAUCUUGCCUCACGGUGCCUCGUUCCAUGGACAUCCUGUAACUAUCUCAGUCAUCUGCGAAUCCACAAAAGAAACAUUUAGUAUAGAGGCUCACAGCAAUGAGACUAUUGGGAGUGUCAGGUGGAAGAUCAUAUCGCAUGUCAACUGUCCGUUGGAUAACCUGCAGAUAUUUGCUAAUGAUAGCUUGCUGACCAUGAACAAAGAUCAAAAAUUGCUCCACCAACUGGGAUUUUCAGAUGACCAAAUAUUAACAAUAAAGACGCCUGUGAUGGGUACAGCAUCAGGGAGUUCAGUUGACUCAUCUGCCAGCAGUGGUGUGUUCAACUCCGCUUAUGUUAUGGAACAGGAGAAAUCACUGCCUGGUGUUGUGAUGGCACUGGUUUGUAAUGUGUUUGAUAUGCUUUACCAACUCGCCAACCUUGAAGAACCAAGGAUAACAGUGCGUGUUAGGAAGUUGCUGUUAUUAGUUCCUACUGAUCCAGCAAUCCAAGAAGCUCUGGAUACACUUGAUGCUUUAGGCAGAAAACAGAAAACCUUACUGACUGAUUCAAGUCAUCAAACAUCAAAGUCACCCUCGCUCUCUUCGAAGCAACAACAUCAGCCUAGUGCAAACACUAUUUUGGAGAGUCUGUUCAGAUCAUCGGCACCUGGGAUGUCCACCUUUAGAGUACUAUAUAACUUAGAGGUUCUCAGUUCCAAGCUGAUGCCUACAUCAGACGAUGAAAUGGCAAGAAACUGUGCUAAAUCUUUCUGUGAAAACUUCCUCAAAGCAGGAGGUUUGAGUUUGGUGGUGAAUGUUAUGCAGAGAGAUUCCAUUCCAUCUGAGGUGGACUAUGAGACAAGGCAAGGAGUUUAUUCAAUCUGCCUACAGCUUGCAAGGUUUCUGUUAGUAGGCCAAACUAUGCCUUCUACUUUAGAUGACGAUUUCCUGAAGGAUGGAAUGGAAGCAUUGUCCUCUCGCCCAUUUCGCAAUGUCAGUCGACAGAGUAGUCGACAAUUAUCUAUGUGUGGCAGUCAAGAAAAGUCAACAAUGAGGCAGAUGAGUGUGACAUCAGAUCGGUCAUCUAUCAGAAUUGAGGAGAUUAUACCUGCUGCCAGAGUGGCAAUACAAACAAUGGAUGUGAAUGAUUUCACCUCAACAGUGGCCUGUUUCAUGAGGCUGACAUGGGCAGCAGCUGCUGGACGUCUUGACCUGGUGGGGAGCUGUCAGCCAAUUAGAGAGAGUACCAAUUCUCUGUUUUCUGUUGGUAUCCGAAAUAGGCUCAGCAGUUCAGGCAGCACUUGCAGUUCAGGAAGUGAAGGUGAAUCAACUACACUACAUGCAGGCAUAUGUGUGAAGCAACACUCAGUCUCCACCAAAGAUACACUCAUUGCUCGAGAGGCCUUAUCGCUCCUAGUGACAUGUUUACAGCUCCGGUGCCAGCAACUUGGUUCUUUUUAUGUUCUUCCUUGUGUGAGUGAUUUCAUCAUUGACAUACUACUUGGAUCCCCAAGUGCUGAGAUAAGAAGAGUUGCCUGGGAUCAGUUGUACACACUGAGCCAAACAGAUACCUCAACAAACCCAGAAAUACAGAAACCUAAUCAGUUCCUUCUGCAUGUCAUAUUGACAACACAACUACCAUUGUGGUCCCCAACGAGCAUCAUGCGUGGGGUCAACCAAAGGCUUUUGUCUCAGUGUACUGAAUAUUUUGGCUUGAGGUGCCAAUUGUUGGAUGACUUAACAUCUUCGGAGAUGGAACAGCUUCAAAUUAGCCCUGCAGCCAUGUUAGAAGAUGAGGUUAACUGGCUUGACAACUUUGAACCCACAUGGACUGCUGAAUCAGAGACUAGUGAGUCAGAUAACGUUCUGCUCGCAGGACAUCUGCGGCUUAUCAAAACGCUACUGUCACUCAGCGGUCCAGAGAAGGAAUUACUUGGGCCAUCAUUAAUCAAACAACUCAUGGAAGACUUUUUGUUCCGUGCUUCGAAAAUCAUCUUGACCAGCAGCAGUCCAGCUGGGAGCUGUUCAGUUAGUCAACAGGAUUUUCACCCAAAGUGCAGUACGGUCAAUAGUCGACUUGCUGCUUAUGAGGUGCUGGUUAUGUUAGCAGACAGCUCUUUGAGUAACCUUCAGCUUAUCUCCAAUGAACUUCUAUCAAUGCAUCACCAGUUUGACCCUGCACUCACAAAGGAGUUUGAGUACUUGCCACCUGUUGAUAGCCGCUCGGUGUCUGGGUUUGUGGGAUUGAAGAAUGGAGGAGCCACAUGCUAUAUGAAUGCAGUAUUUCAACAACUUUACAUGCAGCCUGGAUUACCAGAGGCAAUGCUGUCAGUAGAUGAUGACGAUGACGAGAAUCCAGAAGAGAAUGUUUUCUAUCAGGUUCAGUCCCUCUUCGGGCACUUGAUGGAAAGCAAAUUGCAAUAUUAUGUCCCAGAGACUUUCUGGAAGAUUUUUAAACUUUGGAAUAAGGAGCUAUAUGUACGUGAACAACAAGAUGCGUAUGAGUUUUUUACCAGUCUAAUAGACCAAUUGGAUGAGCACCUUAAGAAACUUGGACGUGAACAGUUUUUCAAGAACACUUUCCAGGGUAUCUUCUCUGAUCAGAAAAUCUGCAAAGAUUGUCCUCACAGAUAUGAGCGUGAGGAAGCGUUCAUGGCACUGAACCUGGGAGUGACAUCCUGCCAAAGCCUGGAGAUUUCACUGGAUCAGUUCGUGCGAGGCGAGGUCCUUGAAGGAGGCAAUGCAUACUACUGUGAGAAGUGUAAAGAAAAGAGGACAACAGUGAAGCGCAUGUGCAUAAAGUCUCUACCUAGUGUGUUAGUCAUCCAUUUAAUGAGAUUUGGGUUCGAUUGGGAAAGUGGACGUUCUAUCAAGUACGAUGAACAAAUACGGUUUCCUUGGCUUUUAAACAUGGAACCGUAUACUGUGUCUGGGAUGGCACGACAAGAGCAUUCUUCUGAGCAUGGUGAAAAUGGCAAAGCAGGUGACCACUUGGGUGGAGGCUCUCCUCGAAAGAAAGGUGCGCCAACUGAAAACUAUGAGCUGGUUGGAGUGAUUGUUCAUAGUGGCCAGGCACAUGCUGGGCACUAUUACUCAUUCAUUAAGGAUAGGAGGACUGGUGGCAAAGGAAAAUGGUACAAAUUCAAUGACACCGUGGUGGAAGAGUUUGAUCUAAAUGAUGAGACAUUGGAGUUUGAAUGUUUUGGUGGAGAGUAUAGACCUAAAGUGUACGAUCAAUCAAACCCCUAUCCUGAAGUCCGUCGCCGAUACUGGAAUGCCUACAUGUUGUUUUACCAGCGAAUGCUGGAUCAAAAUUCUCCUGUUUUACCAAAGAAAAGCCGAGUUAGUGUUGUUCGUCAGGAGGCGGAGGAUCUAUCAUUAUCAGCUCCCUCUUCACCUGAGGUUUCACCUCAGUCAUCACCUCGUCCACAUAGAUCAAACAACGACCGCCUUUCCCUGUUAACUAAGCUGGUAAAGAAGGGGGAGAAGAAGGGACUCUUUGUUGAAAAGUUACCAGCCAGAAUUUACCAGAUGGUACGAGAUGAGAACUUAAAGUUCAUGAAAAACAGAGACAUUUUCAACAGUGACUACUUCAAUUUCAUGCUUUCCUUGAUUUCACUCAACGCAACUAAAUUGAAACACCCUAUGUACCAAACCAUGGCGAAGGUCAGCAUGAAACUAGCCAUCCAGUUCCUCUUCCAGACUUAUUUGCGAACUAAGAAAAAACUCAGGGUGGACACAGGAGAAUGGAUUACCCUCAUUGAAAGGUUGCUUUCAAAUAGUUGUGAGGCAUGCCAGUGGCUGAUUGAAUUCCUGAUUGGAUGUGAGGGACGAGAAUUAAUAAAGAUUUUUCUUCUGGAGUGUUCUGUCCGGGAGGUUCGAAUAACUGUUGCUACCAUCCUAGAAAAAACCCUGGAGAGUGCCUUGCUUUAUCAGGAAAAGCUCAGAGGAUUGGACCAGUUGUUGGAUGUGCUGCUUUCUUUACUUGACAAGGAUGUAGCUGAGAAUUGCAAAAAUUGCUCCCAGUACUUCAUCCUCUUCAACAACUUUGUACAGAAGGGUUUCAAGGCAUGCCAGCUACUAUUCAAACACUCUGCAUUCAAACACAUGCUUUGUUUUCUUUUGGGCCCAUCAAGGCAGAACAAUCAGAAUCGGCGCUGGAGCUCAGCGCAGGCCAGAGAAUUCUGGUAUCUCCAUAUCACUUUGGCAUCACUAGUCCUACACACUGACAUUUCAUCUCUGAUGACUGUUGAUCCUGGACCAUAUAAAUGGCAUACGCCAUCCCCACAGGUACCUUUGCAUCAAGAUGUGGAAACACUCUUCAGACCUGAAGGACAGGCCUACCUGCUUGAGGUUAUGUAUGCUAUGCGAGAGCUGACGGGAUCUUUGUCAGUCAUCUCUGAUAUGGUGACUUAUUGCUGUUUCUGCAAUGAGCACUUCUCCUUGGUGCAAGUCCUACAGAUAAUUAAGAGUCAGUUGGAGACAGCUCCACCUCAUGAACUGAAGAACAUUUUCCAGUUACUGCAUGAAAUUCUGGUCAUUGAAGAUCCAUUGCAAUCUCGUCGCCUGAAGUUUGCCUUCGAAUCAGAAAAAGGGCUGCUAGCCUUGAUGCAUCAGAGCAACAAUGUUGACAGCAGUCGCUGCUACCAGUGUAUCAAAUUCUUGGUCCUAUUAGCUCAAAAAUGUGCAGCUGCUAAGGAUUAUUUUCGGGAACAUCCUCACCACUGGAGCUGGGCUGUGCAAUGGUUACAAAAGAAGAUGUCGGAACAUUACUGGGCCCCACAGAGCAACAUAUCAAAUGAAACUUCAACAGCAAAGACAUUUCAGCGCACAAUUUCAGCACAGGAUACAUUAGCCUAUGCUACAGCCCUUCUGAAUGAGAAGGAGCAAUCUGGGAGUAGUAAUGGGUCAGAUGGCAGCCCUGCUACAGAGAAUGGAGAUAGAACUCUCCGGCAGGGCUCUGAAUCUCCCAUGAUGCUUGGUGAUUCUAAAAGUGACCUUGAUGAAAUGGACCCAUAAGAGAUGACUGAAACAUCUAUGGGAAUAGUAAAUCAUCUUUGCUUGGUGUCAGUUCAGUGAAGGACUGGGCAUAAUGCCGGAUGGCUUUAGGCACCAAUCGAUUAGGGGAAGAUGUACGUACACCCAGGUUGCAGACAGCAAGCCUUUGCAAACUGUUAUGGAGCCAAUUUUGCUGACAGUUGAAGCUCAAGACGAUGCAAGUCUCUCCCUGUUCUUUGAAGAUUUUGUAUGGAAAAGGAUAACUCGUGGUUGUGCUUGUGAAUAUACAAAAGACAAAUUUUUAUCUAAUGCUUUCAGUAGAAACUACGGAGGAUUUGAUUUAAGGUUUUAGUACAGUCUUGAGGAGAGGAGAGCUUUUUGAUUUGUGUAUAAUAGUUCCCAGAGUUCAGACUUUUCAGAGUAACAAAAUACUCUGUUAUUCCAUUAUAUAGAUUUAAUUUUAUUUGUAUAAUAGAAUAUCCAGUAAUUCUGUUCACUUGGUUGCAGCAAUUGUGUCUUGAAAUAUUUAGCAGGUCUCGCUGUUUUGCAAAAAGGAGUUUAGGUUUACAAGACUGUACUGACAGUGCAUACUGACAGUUUAACUUUAACAGCAAUCUGGUACUUUAUUAAAUAUUAAAUGAAUACUUUAUUAAAGGCAACUCUUUUUUUCUUUUUAAAUUCAUGUGACUGGUAGCCAUUUUCCAACGAAGUUAAAGUUGAGACUGUUUAUUUUGUGUGAGGAACUUAAAGUCCAACCUUUAUGGUCAUUUCUAACAGAUGGAUUGAAUUUUAGCUAUCCAUACUCGUGUUAUAAAAUUGCAAAAACUGGUCUGAUCACAUCAUAAGAUAUAUCUGUUUUUGGUUUUUAAACUAGCUAUAAUUUGUUUUAAAAUCACUCUUCGCUCCUGUACAACAUCACCAGAAUAUGUAAUGGGCAAGUGUGUAAUAUUUAUUUGGCUGAGUUCCCUUACACAAAUUAUUUAAGUUGUUAUUUGUAGCUUCUGGGGUUAUCCUGACAGGUUUGUUUUUGAACACAGAUCAUUGGUUGAAAAUACAAGGCAGCAAAAAAGUAAAAUAGUUCUUUUUUUAAAAAGAACUUUUUGUUGUUUGAGGAUGCAGUACCUUUACAGAAUUUACAUUUAUCCAUCUCCCAUUUGAAAUAAUAUCUCAGCUAAGUAGGUAAUUAACCUGUUUGGGACACUUCUUAUAAUAUUGCAAAACCAUCCAAUGAAAGUUGUGCAUACUGACCUGGCUAAGUAUUUUGAACUUGUCUUUAAAAAAUCACUAGCCUCACCUUGAACUUUUGGUAAUGCUGGUAAGUUGAGCGCAUGCUGUGGAGAAUUGCUGGCACAGACUCACGGGUGGUCGUUCUGAUGUGUUGAACGCUAGUGCUUCAAGCUUCCCACAAUAUAGCAGAUAUCAUUUAUCAGAUUUAUUUUUGCCUUGACAAGUUGCCAGUAUGGUGGAUGCUGAUUUCCAGAAUAUCCCAUAUCAUAUGCAUGGUGACACCCCAUUACCCCAUUAAAGGGUUAUUAAUUGUGGUCAAUUGAUUUAAAGUUUUGACUAAUUACUAUCGACUGUUAAUAGACAUAUUACAACCAGUUACAUCAUUGAUAUUGCAUGUUAGUCCAAUACAUAGCUGUCUGUAUGUAAUGGUACAGCAAUGUUGUGGGUGUUAGCUAUGAACUUGGGAGUGGGAGAAAAAUUAGUAUGGAUACAACAGAUCAUCACUCUUUUAUCUUUGAUAUAAUAAUUUCAAUAGAAAUUUGGCAUAAAUUUUGCUAAUUAACAAAGCAAAUCGAUUGAAGCCUUGUUUGGCUUAUGAUAAACUACAAUGAGAAACAUUGAAUUUUGUGGAAAGUUAUUACUUUCUUCCUUGACUUCUAAUUGGUUAUCAAUACCCGUUUAGUCCAAAUAUUUUUAAUCUCUAUUUAUCAUGUGUUGACCAAUAAAGGUUUGACUAAGAGAUUCUCAGCUUUUUUUUUCUAACCCAGGGAAGAAUGGUGUCUCUUAAGUUAGUAACCCCAGGGGAGAUAGAGUUGACAUAUUGGUGGAAAAUACCCUGGAUCUGCUGUAUGAAUAAUUCAUAAUCUUUGAUAAAGAGGAAUGUCAAAAUGAUUUGUGCUAUGACUGUCAAAAGUAUAUUAAUUUCCAGUCCCAAUCACUCUGAAACCAGACAAUCACUUGCUGCAACCUAAUUAAUGCUUAAAACUUGAUAACUACUUUAAGAAUAAAAAGAUUCAGAAACUAAGAGAACAGUUCAUUUGGAAUAUUAUGACAACUUUGAAAUAAUUGUAACCCACAAAAACAUCCUGUUAUUAAAAUUUGGAUUAAGUAUUUAGAACAAUCAUACCUUUCUAUCUUUUAAAUUCUAUUUAGAAUUAUUGUCACCUGCAAAUAAAUGGGACAAUUAUUAAUCUUACACAAAACCAAUUUAAAUAUAGUACUAUUUUGGUGAUAUCCCAAGAACUUUUUUGCACCCCAACAAUUUAUUUCUGUUAAUUUUGUCACCCCUCGCAUCAGUUCCACCUGUAAGAGUAAAUUACCACCUCCCAGGCUGGAAACCAUAACAGUUUCUACUUUAAAAUAUUGCAUGCAAAUUUAAGUGUGAAAGCUGCUACACUUAUUACAAUAUUUAGAAGCCUUAAAACAGUAAUAUCUGAUUGUUUCAAUCAAAGUGUGGAAGGAAAAAACUGCAUUUGAAAUGCUUCAUUGUCUGACUCUAGGAUGGUGUCGUUCACUAGUAGAGAUUCAUUAAUAUGAUUUGCCUCCGAACAAAAUUGAAACUGGGGUUGUGAAUUCAGCUGCUGUAGUUGAUCCAGGAUUGAGCAUAAAGUCUGGGGUUACUACUUGAGCAUUUGUCCUUUUUAUUAUUAGAACAUUUAACUGUACAGUGCUUUAAUCCUUUCACUGGCCUGUGACAAUGUAGAGGAGGACAUGUAGUAUAAUGCUGUUUUCUGACUGGGUUUUAAAGGUGUUUGUAUAACGUUUAAAAAUGAACUUUUUUAAGUUGUUUGUUUUGUUAAUGUAUGUUGAAUAGCUCUUUUUAAUCAAAAUGGUCACUUUUAUGUUAAAUUUUGUCUGCUGUUGGCUAACUUGCGCUGUAUUCAAAUUCAUUUAUCACUAUAAGCAGGCUCCAAUUAAGUUAAACGCCCGACCAAUGUGAAACAUGAUGUUAAUUGCUAACAAAGAUGAAGGUAGUAAUGUAAACCUAAGAAGAAAUACAUCAACCUGGAGGCAGCUUAUUCUGACCUAUAUUUAGGUUAUGCCAGUGAAAGGGGUAAGAGCAUGUUGGUUUUUGUUUUUCCAGUGUUGUUGGAACCUUUGGAAAUCUGAAUACUUAUCUGUGGAUUGACUGCAGCAUCACUUCCCAUUGUUGAAUCGUAGACUGACUAUUCAAUCUGCCGAAAUGCUGCCAUAGAAUAAUCAGUUAGGAUGACAUAAAUUACCUCCUGGGAAUCACUGGAAAUCAAUGAGAUUGCUUGGGCUGAAUUGUGCAAAUGGAAUGACUGUGUGCUGAGUGAGAUACGCACAAGUCACGAUUGCUAUCAGCAUCCCAGUCAUUUUUUUAGCCUCCACUUUGUGCCAGUUUAUGAUUUUUUUUGGGGUGUGGGUGCAAGAGAUUUUUGACAUUAGAGGUGGUUUUUUGCCAAUAUUUCAAUGAAAUAUUGCCUUGAUCCUCUGCCUUACUGUACAGUCACACUAUACCAAGAGUGACACACUGGGGGCAGGGCUUUUGUCAAGUUAUGGUGUCUGCUCUGGACCACAAAACCAAAGGCACAGAUGGCCACAAGUGCCUUUUUAUUAUUUUUGCUGGAUCUUAAAAUGAAGCCUUGGCACAACAAAAUUACCAGGUAGUGGGUCAGAUGCAGAGUUAAGAUUCCUAUGUGUCCCAAACUAUACGCCUUAUUCCAGUCUCAGAAAAACAACAGUAUGACAUUUCCAUUUUCCACAUUAAGCCUUUCAGGAGUUCUGCAAGGCAAACUCACUGUCACAAGAACCAGGUUUAGAGAUUGUUUGAAACUAAUUUUGAGUAAAACAUUUACAGCCACCAGGAAGAGAAUGUUUUUAACCUCCUGCUUUGGAGUUGAAUUUGAAUUUACAGAAUUGACCAGUCUACUUACCUAUUCCACUGCUCAGCCCUGGGCAUGGUUUUUUUGGUUGCUGCUCCUAACUUUGAGUUUUGUUUAUUUCAACCUGAUAAGUACGUUCCAACAGCAUCACUUUUUUAAAACUCGCCCUUGUAAUUCUGUUUUGUUCCUUUUCAUGUAACUGUGUCCAAGAGCAGAACAAAGUUACCAGACUUCUUAAUAACCUUUAUAUUCAAGGCAGCUACAUGGAAGUAAGCAAGGGAACUAAAGAUUUUUCCCAUCUUUGGGAGAAUGGAUUUUUGAGUUCAGUUCUUGCUGCAUUUCCUCUGUUCCACCUCUGUUUUGUACCGAAGUCUGAGAAGUUAUAUUUGAGCCACUGUGCCAAAAUGGGCUACAAUUGCAAUAAUGUUACAUAAACAUAAUCUGAUUUAACAACUUGACCACUGUAGUUCAGACUGUUUACAAAUUUCUCGCACUGAUCUGACACUGGUGAGUACACUUCAUCUCACUCUCUUACCCCUUCCUUCCCCAAAAGCUUGAUUAACAUUUCCACUAUUAGAGUCUCAGAUUAGGGGUCAUAGCUCUCUAUAUAUAACUGAACAAUUGUAUGCUGACCAUGUUGUCAAUUUAAAUUUAAUUUAACCAAUUUAAUGCUUUCUUUUCCCUUUUUUCGGAUGACUAACGUAGUGAUCGAUCAGUGUGUUGUGUUUUGUUUUUAAUACGUAGCCAAAAUAGUUUUGUUAUUACUGCUUGGACUAAACUGAGAUAUAAGUUGAAUACAUUAGAGCAAUCAACGAGCAGAAAACUGCCUUCUUACUUCACCAUCUCCCUUAGUUCCUAGCACACACACAGUACAGUCUCCAAAUGUACACAUUCCAGUUCAAAACACCCAUUAUUUAUAGCUUGAACAUCUCCAAUAGUUCUGCUGACCACUUAGAUGAGCAAAGAGUGAAAUUUUACCCACUUGUGAGCACUAGCAUUGGAAGCCAUUGCCUCCAGUCAAAAGGACUUGCCUGGGAGUCGACAGUUUGUGGAUAGAGAAGUUAAUGUCUCAUCAAAUUAGUUCUCAUCCAGCUGGGCUGAAAAAUGGCAUGGAUCAGCAAAAGAUAUUACACACACACACGUGCACACCAGGAACAAAAACAGUAGUCGCUGGAAAAGCUCAGCAGGUCCAGCAGACCUGCUGAACUUUUCCAGCAACUUAUGUUUUUGUUCCUGAUUUAUAGCACCUGCAGUUCUUUCGGUUUUUAUUUAGCAAAAGAUACUGUUUAAUUACAAUAAAUCUUAGAGGAGUUAAACUUGCCUCUAGGUAAUAUGCAAACUAUUCUAACAAUUGAAAAAUAUUAGGCUGCAUGGUCAUCAAAAACAAAUUACCUAUUUCUGUUGCCACUUCUCCAAGUGGCUGCAGGUUGUUGUCUAAAAGUAGAAAGGAGGGGGUUAGAAUGAGGGUUUUCAUCUUGAAUUGAGGUAAUAGAUCUUCAAUGUAACUGCAACGUUCAAGACUUAGCUGCUUUCAUCUUAAGUUAAAUGUUCCUUUAUGAAUUACCAACCCCCAUAGAAUUUGGAUUUCUGUUACAAGCCAGUAUAGCUGUUCUGCAAUUCAUUGGGGAUGGCUUGGAGAGAAUUUAAUUGCAGUUAUUUUUACCCCUUUGAGUACUGGACUUUUAUGCAAAUGUCUGCAAAUAAAACUGCUUAGGAAUUUAUGCAUCAUGAAUGGACAGUGUUUUAUUUUAUACCCCGACCAGUCACUCAUCUUUUCUUCUCUGCCCCCAUAAACCCUGCUUCCAAAGGCCACACAAUCGUAUGCCUUUCUAAUCGGUUUCCAGUUUCAAGGAAUUCAGUGUACUCUUUUGCUCUAGAAUAAUAAACCAACCUUUUUUCGGACUAACGUUAAUAUUAUCACACUUGUCCUUUCGUUUCAACGUGUAAAUGUAAUACCAUAUACAUAACAAAGUAGCACUUGAGAAAUGGAUGGAACUAUUGAGUUUUUUUUUUUCUAAUUUUUAAGUAAAAUUGUUGGUCUUAUGUUGAUAACCCUUCUAAUAUGAUUUGUGGCUGUUUUGGCAUAAACCAUUGAUUGCAAUUCUGAUGUCUUUUUACUAAAAGCAAAUGGAUUCCCAAAGACCAGUCACCAUCCCAGCUCUUUGAAGUUAACUUUGACCUUAAUUCAGAAUAACAAAAUGGAACUUAAAAUAAUAUAUCCAAACCACUUAACUUUUUGAGACGGUUAUGAUGGAAAUGGAAAUCCUGAUGUUCUUGAUGUGUCAUUGCUGUUUCACUGUUGAAUUGAUCCUUUAUUAUAACAUGGUUGUCUCCAGGGUGGAUAAAAAAUGGACAAAAUAGAGGCUUCAUAAGAUACAGAAGGGCUACGCAAAGUGCAUUGAAGUUUUCAGAUCCUAUGCAGUCUUGAUUAGUAGUACUUAGUGAAUCUGUAAUUUGUUGGAUUCCUGGGUAUAAUAUUCUCCUUUUAAAAAAACGAUUUCCUAUAGUUUUUAUUUAAUGAUCGCUUAAAAAUAUUUUUGAUUUUGUAAAAGUAUUGAGUAACUCCUGACAGUAAUGUACUUUUUAAACAUUUGUAACCAUCUUAAUUAUUUGAUUUGAAUGUGCAAUAAGUAUGUUGCAGUCUCUUGUUAAAGAGAAGAACUGUGUUCCUCUGACAAUUAUAAUUAAGAGCUGUACUUAUCCAGUGCCAUUGGUCUUCCUGGUGCUGUUUGGGAGAAAACAUUCUUUGUUACCCCCAAAAAUUCCAUUGUUACAGAGAAAAUAGGUGUGUCAUUUAAGAUACUUUUUGCUUUCAAAAUGUUGAACCUCACUUGAGAAAAUGUUUCCAAAUUCUGUGUUAAAAUGUUUUAUCUGAACAUGAUGUACAGUGGUUCGAUAUUUUGCCUUCAAAAUAUUUCAUGGAGAGAGAACAAAUAGCAGUCUUUGUGAAGAUCCUCUGAUUUAUUUUAAAGGAGUCGUGUAAUCAAUGUAUAUUCCCUCAUGGCUGCCUCUCUUUAAUAACCUGAUUCUGUGAAAAAUGUGUUCGUGUUAUGCAGGAUGUUAACUCUGUAAACUGUUUUUUAAAGAAAAACCUGAGUGCAAUAUCCCCGUAGACUCUGAAAUUGGCAGAAAGGAGGAAAAGAAUAAAAUCCAGUCUUUCUGAUCAUUAGAUUGCAUGUUUGACUAGUAUCCAAUGGAUAUGGAUGUUGGUCCAAAAGAAGACUCUUAAAGGCACACAGUUAUUUGUGGGUGAUUAACCCAUAUGGUUUGUGGGGAGAGAAAUUGAAUUUGUUCUUUAACCCAAGAGGCAAAAAAGCGCAACAAGCAAGGCUUUGUUUUUCAUUCCUGAAUCAAUACAAAUAAUGGUGCAUUGUCCAUACGUGUUGGCAGUUGAGUUCUGUAUUGCCCAGGGAAUGUUUGUAAGCUGUAAUGUCAAUCUUCCUUUUCAAAAAAAACACACAGUAUGAAAAGUACCUUAAUAAAACAAAAUGAUUUUAAAAAGAA